AUGAAUCUAGUUCAAAAUAUCUAUUUUGCACUAGGGGUUUAUGUAGACUGCUCAAAGCUAGCUACUGAGAAGAAUAAGAAGCAGCUCCAGCAAAUUGCAGACUAUAUCUAUGAAGCUAUUGUUCACUCCCCUUCAAUUGUAAUAUUCGAUGAUCUGGACAGUCUAAUUUCAUUCUCCCCGGACAACCUAAAAUCUCAGUCGUCCAAUUCUAGUGCUAUUGUGAAAUAUUUGAUAGACAUGCUAGAUGAGUACAGAGAUAAAAGUCAUGGCAUGUGUGGGUAUGGACCUGUUGCAUUUCUGGCUUCAGCUAAGUCACUUAAGUGUCUUCCUCAAGAGUUGACUUCCUCAGGGAGAUUUGAUCUUCAUGUCCAAGUUCCUGGUUUGUCUGCGCCUGCUCGUAUAGAGAUACUGAGGCAGACAAUUGUCAAGCUUCACUUACUAUGUACUGCGGAAAUCAUCAGCAACAUUGCUUCGAAAUGUGAUGGUUAUGAUGCAUAUGAUUUGGGAAUUUUGGUUGAUAACACUGUGCUUGCUGCUUCGGAUCGUUUGCUUGGGUCUUCUACUGUAAAUCUGGUGGAGGAAGACUUCCUGAAAGCCAUGAGGAACUUUUCUCCUGUUGCGAUGCGUGAUAUUAGUAAAUUUUCGCCUGAAAUUAGCAAUGGAUGGGAAGAUGUCGGAGGACUUUCCGAAGUUGUAAAUGUUAUUAAAGAGACUAUUGAAUUGCCACUAAAAUAUCCGAAGUUUUCUGCUGGGGCUCCUGUAAGGUUGCGAUCGAACAUCCUCCUGUAUGGCCCAACAGGCUGUGGCAAAACCCAUGUUGUGAAAUCUGUAGCUGCUGCGUAUUCUUUACGGUUCAUUCCAAUCAAGGGGCCAGAAUUGAUGAAUAUGUACAUUGGUUCUACUGAGCAAUAUGUUCGUGAUACGUUUGCAAAGGCAGCUGCUGCGUUACCUUGUUUACUUUUCUUUGACGAAUUCGAGUCUCUUGUACCACAGCGAGGAAAACAUGGUACACAAGUUACUGACCGUGUUGUCAACCAGUUUUUGACGGAAUUAGAUGGUGUAGAAGCUCUGACGGGAGUAUUUGUAUUUGCUGCCACCAACAAGCCGCGCGAAAUUGAUGCUGCACUAUUACGACCUGGAAGAUUUGAUCGGCUUGUAUUUUGCGACUUCCCGCAAUGGAAUGAACGUCUGGACAUUCUCAGGGUGCUCUCAAAGGAGCUUCCUCUGGCAAGCGAUGCCGAUCUUGAACUUGUCGCAUCAAUGACGGAAGGGUUCAGCGGUGCUGAUCUCAAAGCUAUACUCACGGACGCUGGGCUGGAAGCCGCCAAGGAGGCUGUGCGAUGCCAACCAGGAGACGGUAGUGGUGAUAUCCCGCAAGAGCUGCCUCUUAUCACCAGUGGAACUCUCAUGUCUGUUGCUUCAGAGGCUAGACCAUCGACCUCGGAGGAGGAUAGGAGGAGCUUGAGGGAGAUGUUCAGCCAAUUCUCAACUUCUAGGAAGUCUUCGAUUUCCACCGAGAGAAGGGAAGCAAAUGGCCAGGGCCAGAGAGUAGCUGUAGCCGAGUCAUGA